CUCUAUCUCUCUGAGUUUCGUUCAGUCACUGUGCGUACGCGUAGGUGUUUGAAAGAUGUCAUUUUCCCAACAAACUAAAGCGUAUUGUAAAAAAGACGCGGCACGCCGUUUGUGUUGUAAAUGAAUCCAUCCACCUUCUUAUUUUGCGUGUCCAAACCCUUUUCUCACAGAAGCCCCGCCUAAACAGUCCCUUAUAUAACAACCCACGCAAAUCACCCAAAACUCAUCAAAUUCAAUCCACAUCCUUAACAACAAAAUCUUUCAGUUUUUCACACCCAAAAACCCAUCAACCCAAUUCACCAAUUUCGCCAUAAACACACCCGAAGAUGAUGAAAGUUCCAAUUUUGGCCCUUCUGAUCUGCCUCCUGUUCGCUUUGUCAAAUGGGUAUGGAGGAACCAAGGUCGGUGGCAGGCAGCAGAUCGAAGACGUGAAGACGAACAAGGAGGUUCAGAAGUUGGGGAGGUUUUCGGUGGCGGAGUACAACCGGACGCAGCGGAAGAGCCACCAGAGCAACGGCGGCGGAGAGCUUCAGUUCUUGGAGGUGGUGGAGGCGCAGAGCCAGGUGGUUUCUGGGAUCAAAUACUAUCUCAAGGUCUCCGCCGUCAGGAAUGGGGCUCACAUGCUGUUUGAUUCGGAAGUGGUCGUGAAGCCAUGGCUUCAUUCCAAGCAAUUGCUCAACUUUGCCCCUCAUGGUCCUAAUUAAUUUAAUUUCAUGCUUGAAUGAAUUGGGGUUUUGUUGUACCAAAUUAAUGAUCUUGGUGUAAUCGGAUGUUUAAUUAUCUUUUUCCUUUCUGGGUUUUGUUUUGUUGUUUGUGUUGUGUGAUUUCGACUCCGUCUAUGCUCUUGUGGGUAUAAAUUACAAUAAUUAGUCAUCUGUAAAUUA